UGCUUGGUAUCCGCCGAAGGGGCCAAAGGUCGAACACCUUACAAGCGUCAGUGGUCGGGGCGAAACAAAGGGAACGAACUAACUCGGUGGACAAGGAAGCGCGUUCGGAGCGCCGCAAACGCGAACGCAAACGCAAAGGCGCGAGGCGAUGGGGCUGAUGCUGCGCGUGAGAUUGGCGUCGUUCUUCGCUGGCGCCGCCGUGGCGUCGGUGGCGGGGUUCUACCUCCUCUACAAGGACUACAUGGUCGCCCACGAUGCCCUUUCUCGCCAGGUGAAAGGCCUGUAUGAAACUCUAGAUGAACGCUAUGAAGCUCUAAACCAGCGCAUUACAGCCCUGGAAAGCAUGAAGAAAGCAGAAACUGCCUCGCAUGCGGAGGCAUCUGAGUAGAUUUAAGCAAGAUUGCUCCUGAUUAAGGUCUGCUUCCUGUAAUGUCGUCUUUUGAUUAUGUUGACAAUUUUUGAUAUAUUGAAAAGGUUCAAAGUGUUGAUCUUAACGCACUUCAACAUGAAGUUGUAAUGCUUGUUUCCUUUCGUUACAGCUCCUCUGGCAUUGUAGUAGUUUGGUAAAUAAUGCGGCAAUUCCUUGCCAAGAACCUAACAUGUCUCUUUUACACAUAUCAUGUGAAAGAUUUCUGGGAUGAUUGUUUCCUCCUUUUUCA